AUGACAACCAUAUUUAAUCCUGAUAAUUGGCACUGGAUCGAUAGGGACUGUCUUCCUUGGGCGAAACAGUAUCUAGAGGAUAACCUCUCGAAAGUGGUCCUGCGCAAAGACGGUUAUAACAUUGCCGUCACAAAAGUCGGACCCAUUACAGGUGAUUGUGAUAUUACACAAAGAAAGGGUAAAGUGAGAUGUCUUAUCGAACUAAUGGUGGAUUUCUCUAUAAAAUUACAAAAAGGGGACGGUGAAGACUCUUCGUAUGUGAUAGGCCUUCCUGAGUUCGAGCAUGACCAACUAGACAGCGAUUACAAUUUUGAGAUUAGGGAUGGAAAUCCCGAGUAUAAGCCAUUCAUUAGGAAGGAAUUUCUUCCAAUUGUUUUGGAUAUCUUCAAAGGGUUUCAGCAAGAACUUUUGGAAGAGCACAAGAAUAGUUUACGCCACAAUGCAGAUUGA